AGUGCGGGGCGGCGCUCGGGGCGCCCGGCCCGGGUGAGCUGCGUUCGACCAUAAACAUGAAGAAAUUAAAGUUUAAAGAACUGGAAAGCUGUCUUCAGCAAGUUGAUACUUUUGAAAGUCCAAAGCUACUCCUUGAACAGUAUGCAACAAGACCUCAUAUUGCAGCAUGUAUGCUUUAUACAAUUCACAAUACUUUUGAUGACAUUGAAAACAAAACAAUUGCAGAUUUAGGAUGUGGUUGUGGCAUGCUCAGCAUUGGAAGUGCAAUGUUAGGAGCAGGAUUCUGUGUGGGGCUUGACAUAGAUGGAGAUGCACUGGAAAUAUUUCAUAGCAAUAUUGAAGACUUUGAGCUCACGAAUGUCAACAUGGUUCAGUGUGAUAUCUGUUCUUUAUCUGACAGCAUGUCAGAUACUUUUGACACGGUUAUUAUGAACCCUCCCUUUGGUACCAAGCAUAACAAAGGAAUUGAUAUGAUUUUUCUGGAAACUGCUCUACAAAUGGCAAAAACAGCUGUAUAUUCUCUUCACAAAACCUCAACACGGCAGCACAUUCAAAAGAAAGCAGCAGAAUGGCAAGUGAAGAUGGAAGUCUUAGCAGAACUUAGGUUUGAUUUACCAGCAUCAUACAAGUUCCAUAAGAAGAAGUCCGUAAGUAUAAAACCUAACAUAACUGAUAAAAUACUGAGGCAGAUAAAUUCUCCUUAAUGAAAUUUAAGUUUUAGGACCGUAUGUACUGGAUGAGUGCUCACAGCAUUCAGUCACAUCACUGCUGUUACUACAUUUUGUAGCAGAACAGAGAAGCAUCAUAAUGCCAGUCAAAGCUAUACACAAAGAUUAAAGCCAGCACUGCGCUUAGAUGUGAUCAAGCUAAGGGUGGCCUCCUUGACUCAACUAUUUGCUCAACCCUAGCUGCAGCUCAGACUUGGAGUGAAGUGCUGAAGGCCACAGUAACAAGGAUGUUACAGCAGUAGCACUAUUUCAGAGCCAGCCUGGAGGCAGCAGGAGGAACUCAUGCACUUCAUCUCACUGCUAAAAGAUAUAGUCAAGACACUACAGUAUGGUAGCCUAAGCCCACAGUAAGUUCCUGGCUACUAAAGGCUGGCCUGGAAGCCAUGUAUCACCAUCCCUUACCAUAAGGGAAGUAGAGAGAAGGCUGAGCAAUAGUUGAAGACAGUUAGUUAUAUUGAACAGCAAAGAACAAAAGCUUUAAUCAGCUGGUGAUGA